GCUGGGCUGCCCGCGGGGCGCGAGCACGUGCAGACGCGGAAGCAGGAAGGGCGCGCUCGGAGCCGGAGCGGAGCCUGUUCUUACACCUGGCGGGGCGGGCGGAAGCAGCGGCAGCGGCGGCGGGGGCGGGGGCGGGGACAGGCCGCCUUUGGUUUGGACUCUGGGGCGGGCGAGCUUCCUCCUCCUUGGGCGGGGCUGCGAGUGUGAGCGCAGCUCCCUCCCUCCGCCCCCACAGCCGCUGGGAAGAGGGAGAAUCGGCCCCCUCCCUUCGCCUGCGCUCGCACUAGGGCUGACCCCGCAUGGCUGGGGAAGGAGGCGGAGGCUCUGCACCAGCCAGGCGGUGGCGGCGAGACAGCGGCGAGAAACGGCGCUGGCUUGCUUGCGGCGCUCGCUGGCGACCUUGCAGCCCAGUCGGGGCGGAGGGGGUGUGACAGCGGCGAGCUCAGGCGUAGGAAGGCUGAGGGGCAGGAGCAGCUCCCGCGGGGUCCUGCCCUGCGAGUGUAGCGGGGGAAGCCGAGCAGGAUGCACGGGUAGGGGGUCCCCGCUCCCCGGAUCUGCUGUGCCUACAUAGGCCCCUCUGCCGGCACCUGGGGGCCGCUGUCCCCUUGCCCGGGUCAGCGGCUGGAGGCUGCUCCGCAGCACUUUGCACCCCCCGGGCUGCUGUGUGGCAAGGUAGCAUGGAGAAGCAGGGCCGGGACGAGACGCUGCCUCACCCCUUGGAGCCGGAGCCGCAGGCUCAGCCGGUGGGGCGGGCGAUGGGGGAGAAGCGGUUCAAGCUGUGGUAUGUGGGUUGGUCCUGCCUGGACAGACGGACCACGCUGCCCAUGCUCCCCUGGCUGAUGGCCGAGAUCCGCAGGCGCAGCCAAAGGCAGGACCCUGGCGGACCCCUGGGUAGCUCGGUGCCCGCCCGGGAGGUGCUGCUGCUUCUGGGCUCGCCGAACCUCCGCUGCGUCCCCGCCACCUCCAGCGGCAGCCCGGGCAGCGCCAACCCGGCCGUCUUCAUCUUCGAGCACAAGGCGCAGCACAUCUCCCGCUUCAUCCACAACAGCCACGACCUCACCUACUUCGCCUACUUGAUCAAGGCGCAGCCCGACAACCCCGAGUCACAGGUGGCCUGCCACGUCUUCCGGGCCACUGACCCCAACCAGGUUCCUGAUGUGAUCAGCAGCAUAAGGCAAGUGUCCAAAGCAGCCCUGAAAGAGGAUGCCAAGCCUGGUAAGGAUAGUGAAGAUGCCUUCUAUAAUUCCCAAAAAUUUGAGGUUUUGUACUGUGGAAAGGUGACUGUGGCCCAUAAGAAAGCCCCCUCCACUCUAAUUGAUGAGUGCAUUGAGAAAUUCAGCCUACAUGAGCGCCAACGCCUAAAACUGUUGAGUGAGCAGCGGAGCACAGAUUCCAGCUCAGACUUAACCUUGUAUGAAGGAGAUGUGCCAGCUUCUCCAUCUGAUAGUCCAUUUGAGGAGCUAGAUGACACGAGCACCACCACCGGGCACACUGGGAUCUUUACAAUUGGAGGCCAGACCAACCUGGCUGGCACCCGUGUCUCUUUCCCCGAGCGAAUUUUGGAGGAUUCUGGCUUUGAUGAGCAGCAGGAAUUCCGCUCCCGGUGCAACAGCGUCACUGCCGUUAUGCAAAGGAGGGUUCAUGAUACCAGUCUGAAAACACAGCCACGCAGGAGACAUGCAAGUGCACCCAGUCAUGUUCAACCCUCAGACUCUGAGAAGAACAGAACAAUGUUGUUUCAGGUUGGACGAUUUGAAAUUAACCUUAUCAGCCCAGACACCAAAUCUGUUGUGCUUGAAAAGAAUUUUAAAGAUAUCUCCUCAUGUUCUCAGGGUAUACAACAUGUUGAUCACUUUGGUUUUAUUUGUCGGGAAUCUAUUGAACCUGGGAUAAACCAGUAUGUUUGCUACGUGUUCCAGUGUGCAAGUGAAUCUUUGGUUGAUGAGGUAAUGCUUACCCUGAAACAAGCCUUUAGCACUGCUGCAGCUCUACAGAAUGCCAAGACUCAGAUUAAACUGUGUGAGGCCUGUCCUAUGCACUCAUUGCAUAAACUCUGUGAAAGAAUUGAAGGUCUUUACCCACCAAGAGCCAAACUUGUAAUUCAGAGACACCUGUCAUCACUUACUGAUAAUGAGCAAGCAGACAUUUUUGAACGUGUUCAGAAAAUGAAGCCUGUCAGUGACCAGGAAGAAAAUGAGCUUGUGAUCUUACAUCUGCGACAGUUGUGUGAAACUAAACAAAAGACUCACGUUCAUAUUGGCGAGGCACCGUUGAACAUUUCAAACAGUGCAAUCCCAGAAAACACUACCAGCAGUGGCCGGUUUAAACUCGACAUUCUGAAAAACAAGGCCAAGAAAUCCUUGACUAGUUCUCUGGAAAAUAUCUUCUCAAGGGGAGCUAGCAGAAUGCGAGGACGUCUGGGCAGCAUGGACAGCUUUGAACGGUGCAGCAGCCUUACUUCUGACAAGGACUGUUCACCCGGGGAUUCUCCUCCGGCCACUCCUCCAGCUUCCCCCGUGUCCUCGGUCUGGCAGCCAUUUCCCGAAGAGGACUCUGAUUCUCCUCAGUUUAGAAGGCGUGCACAUACUUUCAGCCAUCCAACGUCCAGUGCCAAGAAGAGGAUUACUUUCCAGGACGGGAGGUCCCAGAGUGUUAAGUCUCCACUUCUGAGACAGAAUUCUAUAGAGCAGAGCAGUGAUGGGGAGGGAAGGAAAAGGACCUCGUCUGUCUGCAGCAACGAGUCUCUAAAUGCCAGUGGGGUCACUCUUACCCCCCGCCGCAUCUCCUGGCGGCAGCGAAUCUUCCUGCGGGUUGCUUCACCCAUGAACAAAUCUCACUCAACAAUGCAGCAUCAAGAUGGGCUUGAGGGGAAUGAAUUGUUGCCUCUGUCCCCUCUUGCUCCAGCCUUGGAGGAGGACCCUUUUUCUUUGAUAUUGCAAAAUGAGGAUGCCCCAGAUAAGGCUGGCGGGAGGAAAAAAUCGGAAGAGUUGCAGGGUCUGUGGAGAAAAGCUAUCCAUCAACAAAUCCUACUGCUUCGAAUGGAAAAAGAAAACCAGAAGCUGGAAGCAAGCAGAGAUGAACUCCAAUCAAGAAAAGUUAAAUUGGACUACCUUGAAGUUGGUACAUGUCAGAAAGAUGUCAUAAAUAUCUGGGAUAAAAAGUUAUUAAACUGCAGAGCCAAAAUCAGAUGUGAAACAGAGGAUAUUCAUACCACUCUGAAAGAAGGUGUACCAAAAAGCCGCCGGGGAGAAAUUUGGCAAUUUCUAGCUGUACAACAUCGCGUAAGACAUGGACUGCCAAGCAAACAACAACCUCCUGACAUCUCGUACAAAGAACUCUUGAAACAGCUGACCGCUCAGCAACAUGCUAUCCUUGUAGAUCUAGGCAGGACAUUCCCUACACAUCCUUACUUCUCUACUCAGCUGGGAGCAGGGCAGCUAUCACUCUUUAAUCUCCUGAAAGCUUAUUCUUUGCUGGACAAGGAAGUGGGUUAUUGCCAGGGUAUCAGCUUUGUGGCUGGAGUACUGCUUCUACACAUGAGUGAGGAGCAUGCCUUUGAAAUGCUGAAAUUCCUCAUGUAUGAUCUUGGCUUCCGUAAACAGUACAGGCCAGACAUGAUGUCACUACAGAUUCAGAUGUAUCAACUUUCAAGACUCCUCCAUGACUAUCACAGAGACCUCUAUAAUCAUCUUGAAGAGAAUGAAAUCAGCCCCAGUCUUUAUGCUGCACCCUGGUUUCUCACGUUGUUUGCUUCUCAGUUUCCAUUAGGAUUUGUAGCCAGAGUUUUUGACAUUAUCUUUCUUCAAGGAACUGAAGUCAUAUUUAAGGUAGCUCUGAGUCUACUUAGCAGCCAAGAAGCACUUGUAAUGGAAUGCGAGAGCUUUGAGAAUAUUGUUGAUUUCCUUAAAGGCACUAUCCCAGACAUGACUAAGCUUCAAAUGGAAAAGAUUAUUACCCAGGUUUUUGAGAUGGAUAUUUCCAAACAGCUUCAUGCAUAUGAAGUAGAGUACCAUGUACUACAGGAUGAGCUGCAGGAAGGUUUGAAUCCCUGUGAUGAUGUUGAACCUUUGGAGAAAUUGGAGAGGGCCAACAGUCAGCUAAAGAGGCAAAAUAUGGACUUGUUGGAGAAGCUACAGAUAGCUCAUGCUAAAAUUCAGAGUCUGGAAUCCAACCUGGAAAACAUAUUGUCUCGAGAGAACAAAAUGAGGAGCUUAAUCCAGUCACUGGAACAAGAGAAGAUGGCAUAUCAAAAGACUGUUGAGCAAAUAAGUAAAUACCUUCCAGUAGAAGCACUGUCCGACUGUGAACUGUUCCUGAAGGAAGUAAAUGCCAACCCAAACAAUAAAACAAAGCAAGGAAAUAAGCCAUAAGUAAGAGUUUCAGGCAGUAUAAUUUCAAAUAUGAAGGGAAAGCAAAGAUAUGUAUGCUGUUAUAACAGAACUCGGAAAGCAGCAGGUAAUAGUUUGCCUAAAACUGGUGCUGGGACGCUCAUAGAAGCAGAUGGGCCUUGUCACACUCAUUAUGCAAAUCCCAGGUUAUCAAAAUAGAUUUUUUUUAAUGGUUGUGUACAUAUAUCACAAUGGGAAAUAAAGGACUGUUGCAUUUAAUUGUGACAAGUAGAUGUAUAUUUAGAGUUGAUUUAAAGGAAAAGGUCAGAACUUCACUAAUGAAAACCAAAGUGGUGGUAAAUUAAAAUUUAAUUCUAGAUGCAUAUCUUUUGUCUUGUAGCAAAAUGACGAUAAUGUGUCAUAUAUUGUAUAAUACUUGAAAAAGAUGAAUGUAUUUUUCCUCCAAAGAACAGCAUGUUUCACAUGUUUUGUGGAAUUCUGUGUAAACAAGUGUGUCUGUCAUUAAUUCUACUGACGUGUGUAUAUAACAAUAACUAAGGCUGACUGUCACCAUGUGGCUUUUAUAGGGAGAAUUAUAAUGCCAUAUGCUGCCUGGAAUAUGCCAGUCAGGAAGUUACUCCCCCAUGCCAGUUGAAAUUGACAGGCAUUAUGUCACAGUUAUGUCUAAAGAACUCAAAAGACUGAAAAGUCAGGAAAAAGCAAGAGCCAGAAAAUGAUUAUUACCUCACUUCCUGCCUCUCCCACCCCAGGAGUUUGACAGUAGGAGUUGAAGGAAGGAAACAGGGCUGCAGAGUGGUCCGCACUCUGUGCUUAAUUUCCUGCAGGUGACAUGUUGUGGUAAUGUAUUUAAAACUGGACAGGGUUUUCAAAUUGCAAAAGAAAUCUUGUAAGACCUUCUAUUGUCAGACAGUUCACUGAUUCCCCCAACAGUUAUAUAGCUAAUUUUUGGGGGGUGGGGAGAUGUAAUGGGGCACUGGAUAAAGUGGGGAGUUAGGAUUUCCAAGCAUUCUGAAUCCCCAAAUACAUUGUGAUAAAGACAUACAUCGGAUAAUUUUCAGGCUUGUGCUGUGAAACUGUAUAGGGAGAGGAUUAGCUAGCCAGACUUUAAAUGUCAUGUACCUUUCAAUUUAAAGCAUUGGUUUGAAACACACAAUUGAAAGGACGUAUUAUAAAUGCAGCUUAACGCUUUCAGGCUAUUCUUGUAUUCUGUUACCACCACUUCUUUGUAAACUUGUUUUAAUUAUCCUGUCAUGAGUGAAUCUGUCCUAGACAGAGGAAGGUAAGCCCACAUAAUUUCUUAGAUUGUAUGUAUGUCAACCAAAAGACAAUAAAUAAGAUGCCUACAGAUUUGAAAAAGCUAGUUGUGAUUAGUGUAAAUCUGCAAGAAGGUUUGUUUGUAUGUAGGAGACAUGAAUUUUGGAAUUCAUGUCAGAGUUGUUACUUGAAUGUUAAAAUGGAUCAUGUUAUCUUACCAUUUAUGCUAUAUUCCAGGCAGGUGGGGUUUUUUUGUUUUGUUUUGUUUUUGAAGUAUAAAAAUCAAGCAAAGUGCCAAAUUCAGCAAAGUGUUUGACUGGAAAGCAAAUGUUGAACCUAACUGCUUUCUGUUUCACAAUGCUGUGUUAAUUUCAAGGGGGAAAAAAACAACAACAGAAUCACUGCUCAUUGCUGCAGAGUUUAGUUUUAUUUCCAUGGUGGUUUUCUUAUUUGGUAGUACUCAUUCAGUUACUGUAUUUAUCUUUCUUAUUACUGUCAGGUGCAAGCUCUGACACUGUAUAAAAUUACAUGGAAUCUGACUUGGUAUUUCAAUAAUAUUUCAUUGCACCAGAUGGAAAAAUGUCAAGUGAAGAGGCAAUUCUUUGCAAUUUGUUCAAAGUAAAUUUUAGCUAAUAUGUAUAUACAGAACUAAUCCCAGGGAACUGCAGUACAGUGUAGUACAAAACCAAGGGUGUUUAGAUACAUACAAUUACUUUUUUCUUUUUCUUUUGUUUUUUUUUAGAUGCACUGAAUGUGCUUCAUCCUCUGUUUUACUUAUAUCAGUUUUUUUCAUGUGAUGCCUGGAGAAUUUCCAAUAAAUGUAAUUUGCUGCA